GAACAGGAUCAUAUAGCCCUCAGAGAGGAGGGUACAUGAUGAGGUUAUGGACCAGAACAGGAUCAUAUAGCCCUCAGAGAGGAGGGUACAUGAGGUUAUGGACCAGAACAGGAUCAUAUAGCCCUCAGAGAGGAGGGUACAUGAUGAGGUUAUGGACCAGAACAGGAUCAUAUAGCCCUCAGAGAGGAGGGUACAUGAUGAGGUUAUGGACCAGAACAGGAUCAUAUAGCCCUCAGAGAGGAGGGUACAUGAUGAGGUUAUGGACCAGAACAGGAUCAUAUAGCCCUCAGAGAGGAGGGUACAUGAUGAGGUUAUGGACCAGAACAGGAUCAUAUAGCCCUCAGAGAGGAGGGUACAUGAUGAGGUUAUGGACCAGAACAGGAUCAUAUAGCCCUCAGAGAGGAGGGUACAUGAUGAGGUUAUGGACCAGAACAGGAUCAUAUAGCCCUCAGAGAGGAGGGUACAUGAUGAGGUUAUGGACCAGAACAGGAUCAUAUAGCCCUCUGAGAGGAGGGUACAUGAUGAGGUUAUGGACCAGAACAGGGUCAUAUAGCCCUCAGAGAGGAGGGUACAUGAUGAGGUUAUGGACCAGAACAGGGCCAUAUAGCCCUCAGAGAGGAGGGUACAUGAUGAGGUUAUGGACCAGAACAGGAUCAUAUAGCCCUCAGAGAGGAGGGUACAUGAUGAGGUUAUGGACCAGAACAGGAUCAUAUAGCCCUCAGAGAGGAGGGUACAUGAUGAGGUUAUGGACCAGAACAGGAUCAUAUAGCCCUCAGAGAGGAGGGUACAUGAUGAGGUUAUGGACCAGAACAGGAUCAUAUAGCCCUCAGAGAGGAGGGUACAUGAUGAGGUUAUGGACCAGAACAGGAUCAUAUAGCCCUCAGAGAGGAGGGUACAUGAUGAGGUUAUGGACCAGAACAGGAUCAUAUAGCCCUCAGAGAGGAGGGUACAUGAUGAGGUUAUGGACCAGAACAGGAUCAUAUAGCCCUCAGAGAGGAGGGUACAUGAUGAGGUUAUGGACCAGAACAGGAUCAUAUAGCCCUCAGAGAGGAGGGUACAUGAUGAGGUUAUGGACCAGAACAGGAUCAUAUAGCCCUCAGAGAGGAGGGUACAUGAUGAGGUUAUGGACCAGAACAGGAUCAUAUAGCCCUCAGAGAGGAGGGUACAUGAUGAGGUUAUGGACCAGAACAGGGUCAUAUUUGUUAAUUAAACUGUAGGGUUAGUUAACCCUGUUAUCAUCAUCACUACAAUAGUCUCUACUACCGGGGAUUUAAGAACAGAAACUAUUAAAACAGACAUGAAAUGCAG